AUGCAGUCACACCAGAACGGCUGCCAGGAUGGCAGCCUUCACACUGCGAUCCAGCAGCAUAGCGCGCUGACGCGCGGAGCGGGCCUGCGGCUAUCCACACCGCCUCACAGGGUUGCUCGCAGGUGCCUGGCGCAGCCCUGCCGCGCCUUUCUCAAGCCGAACAGCGCAUGGUGGAAGGCACCCAAGCCGGCCAACUGCCGGCAGGUGGACUCGGUGCAGCAGCUGGUGGAUGAGCUGGAAGAGAACCAGGAAAGGCUGGUUGUGGUGGAGUUCUACGCGUCGUGGUGCACCGGCUGCCGCUCCCUGUUCCCAAAGCUGCUGGCGCUAGCGGAGGAGACACCCUCGGUUCGCUUCCUGCUCGUUGACGCCGAUGACAACAAAGCCAUGGCACGCAAGCUGGGCGUGGAUGGGCUGCCCACCGUGCUGCUCUUUGCCGGCCCCGAGGGGCGCGUGGAGCAGUUCAACGUCACAUCCUCCCGCUUCCAGACGCUAAGGGCGGCCAUCGACCGCUGGAACGCUCCUCGCUGCUCGCUGGCGCAUGUGCCGCCGCUGCCAGGCUUUGACGGCGUAAGGCCGCGCAGCCUGCAGGCGGACAAGCCGCGCACGCGUGCCAUUGCCUGA